UACUUAUUCCAAAAAAAUCAGAGCUCUAUCUCGCCGUUCUCCUGACUCCGCUACUCUCUCCAUCUCGCUGUCAUCUCUUGGUUUUUCGAAGUACUCUUGCUUGUCUUUGGUGUGCGUGGCGUCGACUUUGGUGGUGGCUGUUCUCUCUUCCUGUUAAAGGAAUCCCAACUAAGAAAAAUUGUCAUGGGGCAGCUAUUGGAAAAGAUCUAGAUGAGAGGCGGCGUAAAAAUGAAGAACCACUGGAAGUAAUGUUUUGCGCGCAAACGUACAAGGUUGUUGGGGGCGAGCACGCUGCUUUUGUCCGCCUCGUGGGCACCCAAAUUAAAACGAAAGUUUCCGAAUAUUUCGAUUCAUGGGAAUCAGUGCCUAAACAAUACAAGGAUCAGAUCCUUGGCAUAAUCCAGUACUAUUAUCAAAUAACGGGCCGCGAGGAUUUCUUAAAGUGUUUAGAUAGUAUCGAUCGAGAGAUAAAAGACCGAUACCGUAAUAGGAAAAUAAUAAGACACGAACACUUUGAGAAACACUACAAUGAACCGGAGGAUUGGGAUAAAGUUUUAAACAACCCAACCAAGGACGUUAAUAAGGAGGAUUGGAAGCAGAUCUGUCAGUUAUUUACAAGUCCGAAAUUUAUUGUGCGCUCCGUAAAGAGUAAGGCAAAUCAGAAGAAACAAAAGUAUUCUACAACGCAGGGUACAAAAUCACUGGCAGCCACUCGUUACGAAAAAACGAACCCGGACUUUAUUGAGUCAUGGAAGGAAUAUUACUGGAAAAAAACAACAAAUGAUUUUGUGAAUGAUGAUGUUCACCUAUCUAAGUUUGAAUUAUGUUUUUUAAUAUUAAUAGAAUUAUAUUUAAUGUUAGACUAACAUUUUCUGAAAAGGGGAAAAAUUAAAGGCUGAUUUUGAGUUACAAACUCAGCAAACAUCCAUUGGUGCUUCCAAUAAUGAUGGUUUGACAACAGUUGAUCAAGUGGAGGUACUACAAAAAAUAUUGGGCUAAAGGCAUGGACAUGAGCGAGGAGUGGGCCGCAAAUUGAUGACCCAACCCCUUCAAUUUGCGGUCCACUCCUCGCUCAUGUCUACGCUUUUGGCCCAAUACUUUUUGUAGUACCUCCAUCUGAUCAACUGUUGUCGAACCAUCAUUAUUGGAAGUACCAAUGGAUAUUUGCUGAGUUUGUAAUUCAAAAUCAGCCUUUAGUUUUUCAUGUUUUUAGAAAAUGUUAGACACUAACAUUAAAUAUAAUUCUAUUAACAUAAUUCAAAUUUACAUAAUCUUGGCGAGUAUUGUCAUUCACGAAAUCAUUUGUUGUUUUUUUCCAGUGAUAUUCCUUCCAUGACUCAAUAAAGUUCGGGUUUGCCUAAAAAAAUAUAAGUAAAAUGUUAGAGAAUAUAUAAUUUAAAAGAACAUAAUUUUGAUAAUAUUUUAACUUUCACUUACUUUUUUGUAACGGGUAGCUGCCAGUGAUUUUGUACCCUGCGUUGUAGAAUACUUUUGUUUCUUCUGAUUUGCAUUACUCUUUACUGAGCGCACAAUAAAUUUCGGACUUGUAAAUAACUGACAAAUCUGCUUCCAAUCCACCUUAUUAGCGUCCUUGGUUGGGUUGUUUAAAACCUUGUCCCAAUCCUCCGGUUCAUUGUAGUGUUUCUCAAAAUGUUCGUGUCUUAUUAUUUUCUUACUACGGUAUCGGUCUUUCAUCUCUCGAUCGAUACUAUCUAAACACUUUAAAAAAUCCUCGCGGCCCGUUAUUUGAUAAUAAUACUAAAUUGAAAAAUAAAUAUAUUAAUAAUAUAUGUACUUUAUUAAAGAUAAAUUUUUUAAAAGAUAUUUAAUUUUCUUUUUACCUGGAUUAUGCCAAGGAUCUGAUCCUUGUAUUGUUUAGGCACUGAUUCCCAUGAAUCGAAAUAUUCGGGAACUUUCGUUUUAAUUAGGGUGCCCACGAGGCGGACAAAAGCAGCGUGCUCGCCCCCAACAACCUUGUAUGUUCCCGGGCAAAACAUUACUUCCAGUGGUUUUUUAUUUUUACGUCGCCUCUCAUCUAGAUCUUUUCCAAUAGCUGCGCCACGACCCUUUUUCUUAGUUGAGAUUCUUGUAUUUUUUUUUGUAUUGA